AUGGAGACCGAUGCGGACGAGGCGAAAGCCUACCUCACCAACCUCCUCAACCGAACGCUGCACGUCCACAUCUCAGAUGGCCGUAUGUUUGUAGGACAGAUGAAGUGCACCGACAACGAGCGCAACAUCAUCCUCGCCAUGACGCACGAGUACAGACAACCGACGGAAUCAGAUGUGGAGGCGGCUACGGCGAGGCAUGAAAAGGAGGGUCAGACGGGGAACGUGAAAGUGGAUAUGAAGAAGAGAUUCGUCGGAUUGGUGGUUGUGCCGGGCCAGUACAUUACGAAGAUUGAGUUGGAGAGCUAUGUCUGA